AUGUCACAGAAUAUUCAAAUUGGCACGAGAAAACGUUCAAGAGCAAAUAUGAAUAAUUCCACUACUACGGGCCCUUCUGAAAAUGCAAGCUCUAAUAAGACCUUUUUGGACAACUUCGAAGAAACGCGCACUAAUAAGUUGCUGGACGAGAUGUUUGCUCGGCAGAACUCGUUCCUAACAGACAAUCUGAGGAACAGUCUAGACCUGAACCAAGCUGACAAUCCGCUCCGUCCUCGGCAGCACCAACAUCAGUUGUUCUUGGACAAUGAAAAUGCCAUAGAGCUGGAUGAGGAGCCGCGCAUUAUUAACACUACAAUCAAUAACAGUAAUAAUCAUAAUAGCAGUCGAGUGGAUGAGGACGCUGACGAUGACAUUAUUUUUAUCAAAGAGCAGCCAAUACAGUUUUCGUCGCCUUUGAUUUUGCCCAGUAGCAGCAGUAUUAACAAUAACAAUAAUACUGGUACUUCAAAUAAUGCAGGGUGCGGUGUCACAGCUACAAGCAAUAGUACGUACAUCACGACACCAAAAAAAUUCAAAAAGCAAAGAACCAUCUCACUGCCCCAGUUGCCGCUAUCGAAACUGAGCUACCAAUCAAACUAUUUUAGUGUUCCCGAUCAAAGCAACGCUAUCGUGCCAAGAGUAACGCAAACUGAAAAUGAGCUGUUGCAUCUGACGGGGUCCUGUGCAAAGACUUUGGAAGGCAACAAGGCGGUGAAUCUCACAAUUGCUCACAGCACUUCUCCAUUUUACAACCCACCGGCACAAGUGGCUUCCAUGCCUCAAUCCAAUCUUAAGAGGCAAAUUGGCUCUUCACUACGGAAAUUCAAAUCAAACAGCUCUUCGGAAAGUGCAUCGUCCAAUAAAUCAAAUUUCAAAACUGACAAGGACGGUCACUACGUUUACCAAGAAAACGACAUUUUCGGCAGUGGAGGCCGCUUUGUUGUAAAGGACUUGCUGGGUCAGGGUACGUUUGGUAAAGUACUCAAAUGCAUUGAUAAUAAGUACGAACCUAAUUAUGUGGCUGUAAAAGUAAUAAGGGCUGUGGAUAGAUAUAGAGAAGCCGCCAAGACAGAACUAAGAAUUCUACAGACCAUCCUGAACAACGACCCUCAAGGUCAGUUCCAGUGCCUCCUACUAAGAGAGUGUUUCGAUUACAAGAACCACAUCUGUUUGGUGACAGAUCUAUACGGCCGGUCCAUUUACGAUUUCAUGUGCUCCAACGGUAUUGCCAGGUUUCCGGGCUCUCAUAUACAGGCCAUUGCCAGGCAGUUGAUCAGAUCCGUUUGCUUCUUGCACGAUUUGGGCAUAAUACACACGGAUUUGAAACCGGAAAACAUCCUCAUUUGUGACGAAACCCAUAUUGCUCAAAAAUUGCCUCUAAAGACCGUACAGUCACUAAGCAAGAGGCGUCGUGAAGCCAGUAAGGGGAAACGCAAAAUCUUGAAAAAUCCAGAAAUUAAAAUCAUCGAUUUUGGUAGCGCAAUUUUCCAUUACGAAUAUCAUCCCCCUGUAAUAUCCACCCGUCAUUAUAGAGCCCCAGAAAUUGUUCUUGGCUUGGGUUGGUCAUUCCCCUGCGAUAUUUGGUCCAUCGCGUGUGUCCUAGUAGAAUUGGUCAUUGGCGAGUCCCUUUACCCCAUUCAUGAAAAUUUGGAACAUAUGGCUAUGAUGCAACGAAUCAACGGAACCCCUUUCCCCACGGACAUUAUUGAUAAGAUGUUUUACAAAUCCAAACAUAAAUUGGGCAACUCUCCCUCAGAUCUAAAUUCAACGGUGAUAAAACAUUUCGACAGGAAAACGCUAAGCUUACAAUGGCCUGAAAAAAAUAAGCGCGGAGAUACCAUAACGACUGAAAAAUCCAUGAAAAGGGUAUUGCAAUCAUGUGAUCGCUUAGAUAUUUACAUAUCGAAGGUCUUGAAACAGGACUACGGCGAUAGUUUUAGCAUCAAUUGGAAUCUACCGCCUGAGAAAAACUGGUCCUUAAUAAAUUCGAAACUGGCAUGGAAAAGACAAAUACAUUCCUCUUCUAUCUCAACCACUGAUGAACUCGAUAAGGAAACCUUCUUGUUUUGGUACUGGUUCAUCGAUCUGCUCAGGAAAAUGUUUGAAUUCGACCCAACGAAAAGGAUUACCGCAAAAGACGCUCUGGACCAUGAAUGGUUUAAUCUGGGCAUAUUGGAUGAUGGUAUUGCAACCUAUAAUAAUACUCAAGGAUAG